AUGCCCGUGGCUGCUGAGCGUUCCAGCCUGUCACCUCGUCGCCAAUCACCUGUCCAGGAGAGGUGGUGUGAGCACCAUCGGGUAAGGACCCAUGAUACAUCCGAGUGCAGAGCCAGGGCUGAGAUCCUUGAUCCACAUUCUCCAAGACGACGAUGCUACCAUUGCAGAGGUCCAGGUCACUUAGUGAGAGAUUGCCCCUUUAGUGAGCGCCAGGGUGACCAAGCUCCUGGGACCACUGGCAGGUUUGAACCAAGGAGCAUCUCACAUGGGGAGGAAACUUGUCGAGAAGGGAACAGCUGUGACAGGGCUUACCGGACGACCAGUUGCGGCACUCAAUGUUAAUGGUUCUACAGUACCUUGCUUUCUCGAUACAGGAUCUGAAGUGACAAUUGUCAAGCCCCAAGCC